GCCUGACAUCCUGCUCCUGCAUGGCCAGGCGUUCACCUCCAAGACGUGGGAGGCCUUGGGCACACUGGCGCUGCUCGCCAGAGAAGGCUACCGCGCGGUCGCGAUAGAUCUGCCCGGCUACGGGGAUUCGCCCCCAGCAGAGGCAGUGGCCACGGCGCAGGGCCAGGUGGCUUUCCUGGACCAUGUCCUCCAGGAGCUGGGCAUGCAGAGGCCCGUUCUCGUCAGCCCCUCCAUGAGCGGCCGCUUUGCCCUGCCCUUCCUCCUGGCACGGGGGAACCAGCUGGCUGGCUUUGUGCCCAUUGCGCCCGCAGGCACCAAGGACUAUCAGUACCAGCGGGUCCAGACGCCCACCCUGAUCCUGUAUGGUGACCGUGACACACGCCUGGGUCCCCAGGCCCUGCAGAGCCUGCGGCACCUCCCUGGGCACCGCGUGGCCGUGGUGCCUGGCGCCG